UCGCCUUAACACCACCCGGGCUAUCCAUAACCCCAGGCCUUAUCUCUCACUACAAACCCUCGACCGGAUAAACCAGAGAGAAAACUCAACUAAAAAAAAAAAAUGUCCCGCAAAGGCGUCGGCCUAGCAGCCUUCGACCGCUCGCGCCUGACCUCGGCGCAGUACGCCUCGCACGGCAACACGCUGCGCACCAGCGACGCCGCCGCCCUCGAGACGCAACUCUCCGUCUUCCGCUCGCUCUUACAACAAUUCGCGCAGACGCACGCCAAGGACAUCCGCUCGGACCCGAGCUUCCGCGCGCAGUUCGCGCGCAUGUGCACCGCCAUCGGCGUCGACCCUCUCGCCUCCUCCUCUUCCUCUUCUUCGGGAGGAUCGGGGGGAAUAGGAAGCAGUUUAUGGGCUCAGUUGCUAGGCCGCAGCGUAAACGACUUCUACUUCGAGCUAGCGGUGCGCGUAGUCGAAGUAUGCGGGGCCACGCGCGGCGAGAACGGGGGGCUGAUCGGGGUACGCGAGCUACGCGAGCGGCUAGGGCGGGGGCGCAUGGAGGGGGCGCCGGAGAUCGCGGACGACGACGUGCUGAGGGCGGUGGGCACGCUGAAGCCGCUGGGGUCGAGCUACUCGGUGAUCCGCGUCGGCAACAAGCCGUACAUCCGCUCGGUGCCCAAGGAGCUGAACACGGACCAGAGCGCCGUGCUCGAGGCCGUCCAGGUCCUGGGCUACGUGAGCGUCUCGAUGCUGAUGGUUAACCUGCGUUGGACGAGGGCCCGCGCCCAGACCGCCGUCGAGGACCUCCUCGGCGAGGGCAUGCUGUGGGUCGACAAGCAGGCCCCCGAGUGGGAGUAUUGGAGCCCCGGCUUCAUGCUCGAUGUCGAUGGCGCGACUACGGCUGGUGGAUGAGAGCCCGGUCUGGGAGAUUACCUUCAUCUACCUAGACCCCGAUGGUAAGAACUACCGAU